UUUAGUGUCAAGGAGCUUAACAAAAUUUCUGGUUACCAUUAUGAGCUUCCCCUUUCGUAUGGUAAACUUUGUGCUGCAGUUGCUAACGGCGGUACUGGAGGUUUUGGCCCUGUUGCUUGUUAUCCGAAUCCUAUCCAGUCAUUGUGUGCGAGGACAGGAGUACGGGAUAUCGGUGUGGAUGUUCCUUUUUUUACUGCCCGCCAUCGCCUUUCAGAAUGUGGUGCUCGUUCUACUCCGGCUUUGCUGCCCCACCGUGGGUCUCGAUCCAAUUGCGAUGACUUUUAACUGUGCCAGCGGGUUAAUCUGCAUUGGCACCGGUUCAACCCUCCUGGUGGCAAUGAUCGAUCACUGUGGCAACGAAUUCGAAGUCAUGUUCUAUGUAUCGAGCGCCUUUGGCAUACUCGCCGGCGUUCUGCAUUUGGUGAACGCCUGCGUGUGCAACGUUUACAUUCCUCUGGGCGAAUGGUCAUUCCUGAAACCCUCGAAGAGAGCAAGAAAGAAGGCUUUUAAAAAACGCAGAGGUACAUAAUGUGCACAGAAGGAAAAGUCAUCCAAAGAUCACUGCUUUAAAUAUUUUGUUUAUCCUUUGAUAAAUUUUUCAUUUUGUUUAGCUUGUACAAAAUCCUAAUGUUAUAAAAUAUCUUUUGUAGUAGGUAUUUUAAAUGGUAACCUUAGGGCAUUUUUUUUGUAAUACAUUUUCCUCUACUUUUAAAUAAUUAACUGUUCACAAUAGCUAACAGAAGUCAUUAAGAAAAUAUUAAAACCUUUUUAAUGACUCUCUUUUGAGCAGCUUAACGAGGAAUUAAAGUGAACCGUAAUGGUAAUAACA